AUGUAAAAGUAAAACUAGAAAAUAGGCUAAUUAGAAAGUCGAGGCUUUGAGCUUUGGGAAGAUAAAGUACAAAGACGACACCCACUCAGACCAGACCUUCUCGUUUUGCAGCAAAUUUCAAAUCUCUCAGUUGUUUUGGGAUCUGCAGGUUUUCAGUUGAGUGCUAAAGCUCUCCAUUGCUGGACAAGAUUACCAUCUGCAAGAUGAUCAUCUGAAAGCUGAAGCUUUCUGCUACUUUAAGUGCAUGCUUUUGCUGGUACUGCAGUGUGUCUUAUUCAUGGCAUUUUCGGUUGAGUUUGUCACCAUCAAGUCUAACUAGAUGGAAAGAAAUGUGAAAAGAGGCAUCCUAGAUCAACAGAGUAAUUAUGAACAAGUUCGACUUACUAAUAUGGAUGCAAGAAAUCAGGGACUUGGAUCUACAAAUCAAAGAUCUUUCCAUGAUCCAUCGAGCAACAUUAGCACUAACAUUCGACCCCCUGAAUAUAAUAUGUUAGUUGUAGCUAGUCCUGGCCACAACUACUCCAUUCAAACUGGCGAGGAAUUUGCACUUGAAUUUAUGCGAGAAAGGGUGAAUGCCAAGCAUCACUUUAUUCCCACCAAUAGUCCCGACCCAGGUGUUUCAACUGGGUACAUGGAUUUAAAAGGCAUUCUCGGAAUUCCCCAUGCAAGUUCAGAGAGUGGAUCUAACAUUGCCAUGCUCAACCCUGUAGAAAAAGAUCACGUCCAACAUUUUGAAAGAGGGGGUUCGUCACAUGAAGAAAAAAGUUCAUAUAAUUCAAUGAGGUUUGUUCCAAGAGCCUCAUCAAGAAAUGACGUCAGUCGGCUUCAUGGUUUUACAUCUUCAGGAGCAUCUGAUAGCUCAUCAAGAAAGGUGAAAUUCCUGUGCAGUUUUGGUGGUAAAGUCAUGCCUCGCCCUAGUGAUGGUAAACUUCGAUAUGUUGGGGGUGAAACACGUAUUAUCCGUAUAACCAAGGAUAUUUCUUGGCCAAACCUGCUGCAGAAAACAUCAACAAUUUACGAUCAAGUUCACACUAUUAAAUAUCAGCUACCUGGUGAGGAUCUUGAUGCAUUGGUUUCUGUAGCUUGUGAUGAGGAUUUGCAGAACAUGAUGGAGGAGUGUAAUGUACCAGAAAAUGGGGGCUCAACAAAGCCGAGAAUGUUCUUGUUUUCUAUUUCUGAUUUGGAGGAUUCUCAAAUUGGUGUAGGGAGUGCAGAGGGUGGUUCAGAGAUUGAAUAUGUAAUUGCUGUAAAUGGUAUGGACUUCAGUUCUAGAAGAAACUCAACGCCCUUGGCUCAUACAUCAGGAAACAAUUUGGAUGAGUUACUUGCCCUUAAUGUUGGAUCAGAGAGUGGUCAAGUUGCACCAGAAUUGUCUGAUAACAUGAAGUCAUCUUUGACCAUUGCUGCACCUUCAUUUUCUCAAUCUUCUCAGACCAUUUGGACAAAUUCAUCCAGUGGUUUUAAGUCCAGUUUGCAGCCGUCGUCAGGACAAAAGUUGCAGCAAGGUGAACUUGGGCCUUCCCAACUCUCUUCUUUCCACCCCAUGCAGAGCUUUCCUGAAAAAACUGGAAAGACGUCAGUCUCUUCAUCUAUUCAGUCACAACAUGAUUACGUUCUUAAUACCAACACAACACCUGUAGAAAAUGUACCUUCAAUGCCCAUCGAAGGGUAUGUGAAUCAACAUAGUGUCUUGGCUACAGACUAUCCUGUCAGUGGUUUUCGCACACAAGAUUCAGAUGCAUCGUUAAAGGAUGGGAAAAUUACAGAGACCUCAACUUCAAAGCUGAGUGAACCUGAUGAAAUUCAAUCAUUGGAGAAGGAGGUAUCAUUUAAGGAUGCACAAAUGAAAAGGGAAAGCUCGCUCCCUAAGAUUGAUGAAACUAACGAAAGUCAAAAUUUUGAACACGAACGUGUAGUUUCAUCAAACCUAAAUGAUGCUUCUGUUUUGAACUAUAACUCAAAAGGAAUGCAAGUAAUUAAUUCAGACACAGAUGUAGGAUCAAGUUUAAUGCUCAUGAAAAGCAACAAGCUUCAAGAUCCUGCUUCAGAAUCAGUGCCCUUGGAAGCAAGUAAUGAAGGGAACAAGAGAACUGAAGAUGAUAAAUUUUCUUCCGAUGGACUUCCAACUUCUGGGUUUGGUGCCUCUGAGGCUGAUGAAACGGGGUUUAGCUACCUUGAACCAAUUUUACCUCAGCGUGUUUUUCAUUCUGAAAGGAUUCCAAGAGAGCAGGCUGAAUUGAACCGUUUAUCCAAGUCUGAUGAUUCCUUUGGCUCUCAGUUUCUGAGAACUCAGGGAAACUCUGAUUAUUCUCAGACAAUUAUUGAAUCAGCUGAAACAUUGCUGGAUGGGAAUGGGACUUUGCAGUCUGAGCAAUUUGUUUCAUCGUCAAAGUUACCACGUGGAAAUCAUCAAACUAUAGAAGAUGGAUUGGAGCCAUUGGAAAAGUACAAAACAUCAGCAGAUAAAAAUAGUAAAACAACGAAUAUUUCAGGUGAGCAUGAUGGGUCUGAAGUCAGUGAUAUGUCCAAUAUUAAAAGUCCAUCUGCCUGUAGGAAGGAAGCAGAAGGUUUGGCUCAUCUUAUGGCGAGUGAAGAAGUUUACGAUAAGCAUAAGGAGGAAUCUUUAAUGGGACCACUAGAAUCAGGCUGGAUUGAUGGAAGUACACAUAAGAACCAUGGAAAUGAAACUCAAGAGCAAGCAGAGCCGUCAUCAUUGACAGAGAACCCUGGCAAGAAUGUUACUCAAGUAGAGCCUGGAGUUGGUAUUGGCACUUCAGAGCAUGGGGACAUUCUUAUUGAUAUUAAUGACCGCUUUCCUCGUGAUUUCCUUUCUGAUAUAUUCUCGAAGGCCAGAAACUCUGAAAACAUUUCUGGUAUUAAUCCAUUGCAUGGUAAUGGAGCUGGCUUGAGCGUGAAUGUGGAGAAUCACGAGCCUAAGCGUUGGUCAUACUUUAGAAACUUGGCUCAGGAGGAGUUUGUUGGAAGAGAUGUUUCGCUUAUGGAUCAAGACCACCCAGGCUUCUCUUCAUCUCUUGGAAACGUUGAAGAAGGGGGAACCAUGAACAGGUAUCCCCUUUUAAAUUCAGAUGUAGGUGCCAUUUAUCAAAGAGACUCUCCUAUCAAUUUUGGCAACAACAAUCAGCAGGAAUCACGUCUGCUCACUGGACCCGGCACCACCACGAAUCUAUAUACAGAAUAUGAUUCUUCAAAGCUCAAGGGCAACGAAAGCAUGCAGUUGGAUGAACCUAGCUCUAAAUCCCCACAAGCUGAGAAUGUGGAUGCAAAGUUGGAUAUCCAAGAUAUUGGUGUACCUCUCGAUUUUUAUCUUGAAGAUUUUGAUAUUAGUACAUUGCAGAUAAUUAAGAAUGAAGAUCUUGAAGAGCAACGAGAAUUGGGUUCUGGCACAUUUGGUACAGUGUAUCAUGGGAAGUGGCGAGGAACAGAUGUAGCAAUUAAACGGAUAAAGAAAAGUUGUUUCACCUGUAGGUCCUCAGAGCAAGAAAGAUUGACGGUAGAGUUUUGGCGCGAAGCCGAGAUUCUUUCAAAGCUUCACCAUCCAAAUGUGGUGGCCUUUUAUGGUGUGGUGCAGGAUGGACCAGGUGGGACGCUGGCUACAGUGACUGAAUUCAUGGUCAACGGCUCCUUGCGGAAUGUUUUAAUUAGCAAAGAUCGGUACCUGGAUCGACGUAAGAGGCUCAUUAUUGCAAUGGAUGCAGCAUUUGGAAUGGAAUAUCUGCAUUCAAAGAACAUUGUGCACUUUGAUUUGAAAUGUGACAACUUGCUUGUCAACUUGAAAGAUCCUUUUCGGCCGAUUUGCAAGGUUGGAGAUUUUGGCUUGUCAAAAAUAAAAAGGAAUACCUUAGUUACUGGUGGUGUGAGAGGUACCCUUCCGUGGAUGGCUCCUGAACUACUUAAUGGUAGCAGCAGCAAGGUUUCUGAAAAGGUCGAUGUAUUCUCCUUUGGUAUUGUCCUAUGGGAGAUCCUUACUGGAGAGGAACCUUAUGCAAAUAUGCACUAUGGAGCAAUCAUAGGAGGCAUAGUAAACAACACAUUGAGGCCACCCGUCCCAAGCUUCUGCGACCCUGACUGGAGAUUGCUGAUGGAGCAGUGCUGGUCUCCUGACCCAGUUGCCCGACCAUCUUUCACAGAUAUAGCGAGGCGCUUGCGUGUGAUGUCUACGGCUUCCCAGACAAGAUCACCACAGAAUCAGACGCCCAAGUAAUCGUCUCUGAUGAUUUUUACAUACCCUACUUUGCUUUGCUUCCUGAGUUAGCAUGGAUAAGAGUUAUUUAUCUGGAUGUACUCAGUUUGACUAAAGUAUAAGGCGAGUGUACUACUUAGAAAUAUAUGAAUAAGGGGCUGCCUCUGGAUAAACGGAAUUGUAGGUUGGUUUCAGAUAUCAUCAAUCAAUAGCGAGAUUGUGGUUCGUGCGAUACCUGAGGAAUUGAUUUACAUGUAAAGUCAAUUAUUUAUGACCACAGUGAAUAUAUACAACAAAAAGAAAACAUCGGUACCAGCCAAUUGAAGUGUACCUAUUACGAUUUUGGUUGUACGUUUCUAAAGUUUAACUUCUAGUAGGUUUUAAUUUGUUUUUUCUUUUGAUAUCUACGAGUGUUCGGACCAA